AUGCUGCCAAAUGAUUUCAGUCAUUCUGUGGAAUCCGAGUCAGAGCGAAAAAGAAGGAAAGAAAGAAAGGAAAAAGAAGAAGGUCAAGGGAAAGAAGAGUUUUCAAAAUGCCAUAAUCGGAUGCUUGGUACCCGUGAAAAUCUAAAACCUCCUGGGGAUAGUAAAGCCAAAUUGAUGGAGUUCGACGUUGCCGUGCUCCAAGGAACCACUCUGUCCAAGAAAGAGCAGAACUGA